ACUUAUACGUUCACAGACAGUCCCUGAAUGCAGCUUGAGUUUAAGGAUUGUGCGUAAGUGUGCGUCUGACGUCACCCGCCUUAGUAACCCUCGGCGGCGUCUCCAGGAGAGAAGGCAACAAGAUGGGAUUGCUGUCCAUCCUGCGUAAGCUGAAGAGCACUCCAGACCAGGAGGUUCGGAUACUGCUGCUGGGUCUGGACAACGGAGGGAAGACCACCCUGCUCAAACAGCUGGCGUCUGAGGACAUCAGCCACAUAACCCCCACACAGGGAUUCAACAUUAAGAGUGUCCAGUCUCAGGGUUUUAAACUCAACGUUUGGGACAUUGGAGGCCAGAGGAAGAUAAGGCCGUACUGGAGGAACUACUUCGAAAACACUGAUGUACUCAUUUACGUCAUUGACAGUGCUGACAGGAAGAGGUUUGAAGAAACGGGACAGGAGCUGGCUGAGCUGUUGGAUGAAGAGAAGCUGAGCGGAGUUCCUGUGCUGAUCUUUGCAAACAAGCAGGACCUGCUGACGGCCGCCCCUGCUUCCGAGAUCGCAGAGGGGCUCAAUCUGCACACCAUUCGAGAUCGCAUGUGGCAGAUCCAGUCCUGCUCUGCCAUCACCGGCGAGGGCAUUCAGGAGGGAAUGAACUGGGUCUGCAAAAGCGUCAACUCCAAGAAAAAGUAGCUUCACUACUACUUCGCAGAAGGAUCAACAGACACACACACACUGAGAACACAUGGCAGCCUCCUGAGCCUUAGUAUGAUUGGAUAUACCUGUGAAUGUAAACACUACUAAUCCAACACGGACUGUUCACCCCCCUACGUAGCUGUGCUGCUGACGUUUACUAAUCUCAGCACAUCUGCAGAGAUGAGGGGAAAGGGCGGUUGACCAAACACCAACCCACUCCACAUCUGCACGCUUCUCGCUGGCCAGUGUCUGCUACCAGUCACCACCCUCAACCUCAAACAUUCCCAUUAACCUGCUGUCUUGCCAUUGGAAUUGCAGCUCAUCCUAGAAGCCCCUAACCCUGUACUACCCCUAAAAUCUUUAUUUCCUCCACCUCAUUCCAACAGACGUGUUUUUUAUCAUUCCACCAUGGCUGUCAGUGCUUUUCCUGCUAUGGCUCAGUUUAACGUGAGGUAUAUUUUUGUAUUAGUUUUAUUUAUGCAGGAAUUGAGCAUAGAGAGCUUUUAAAACAAUGUGUACUGUGUCUCAUUUCAAGGCCGUUGGAGAAUCCACUUUUCCCCACUAAACAUGACUGUACAUGUUAAUAUGUAUAAUAAAUGAAAUGGUUAAGAAGAACUACACUUUUGGAUCAACUGUAAAUAGCUCGGCCCUGUGCUCAUACAUUACAUCAUGCAGCUGUUAUAGAGGAUUCGUUAACCUGCUGUAGUCUAUAAUGUAUGUAUCUAAUGUCCUGGCAGAUUUUUAACAGGUGUGAACUGUAGGUCCCAAUGCAUUUCUCUGUGCACUUUGGGUUAGUGGGAGAAUUUCCUCUUUGGAUUUAUUCUUUUGAUAUUGUUGUAUGUAACGUGUUCAGGACUGAAGGUUCUUUAUGCCAAUAAAAAGGCGAACGGAAAACUUCAGAA